AUGAAGCUUGUAUUCUUCUUUGGGUUCUUGUUUGCAUUUCUGAUAGUUCCUGAUUUUCUGGGCGAGAUGUUAUCUAUUUUGUCGAAACCUUCGAAGCAUAACGUCGAGACACUCAGGGAUCUCUAUGAGAGAAAGUUUCAUGUUUAUUAUUGGGAGUCAUUAAAAAGUGAUUUGAUGAAUGAACAACUGUGGAUUACUGAUGAAGACAAAAAAUAUGUUCACCCAGUUCCUUAUUGGGCCAUGCAAGAUUGUUUGUUCAACGUGCAAAAAAACUCCACAAUUGCUUGCCUUCAUGAAACACAAUUUUUACUGUUUGAGUCAGAUAGAAGAAAUGGUUUGUACAUCUCAACGGAGACUAGUUUCAAAAAGCAAUCAGUCUAUUGGAUCAGGAAGAACUGGCCCUUGAAGAGUAAGUUUGACAAAAUGAUGCUGACGGCUUUGGAACCAGCAUUGGGAUACACAACAUUUUUGAAAAAAAAUUAUAUCGAUAAGAUAGUGAAAAAACGUGUGAAAAAGAAAAGGAUUGAAGAAAGUGAAAAGUAUGACCAGUUUGAUUAUGAUAAUUUGAUUUUUAGUUAUUAUUUCAUAGGAUUUCUUGCCGCGCUCGGGAUUGUGAUUUUCGGGAUUGAGCCAGAAGAUUCUUCAGAACGUCUUCGGCGUGAUGCGAGGGAAUUAGUUCAAACGUGUUUCACAAAUAAUUCAAAUCCAGUGAUGAUCUCUGAGGACUUGUUCGACAAUAAUUGGGACCCUGCACGAAAUUCGCUGAUUGUAAUCGACCGUGGAUUUAACAAACAGAUAACAGGUUUUCUUUCUACGUAUCCGACAUAUGUUCUUCCAUUUGAGUCGAUCGAUAAUCUGAAACCGGUCAUCGACAAUCUCCAAAGAUCACAGUUCUGGAACAUAAAAUCACCGUUUCUGAUGGUCGGAAAAGAAUUGGGUUGCCUCAACGCCAGGAAAGUGCUGGAGUUCAUGUGGAACCACGACUUGCUCUCUGUAUAUUACUUGUGUGACAUUCAGAAUUCGACGAUGGUCUUCACGCUGAACCCUUAUGCAAGAUACGCUCCGGCACCGUGGAAACUGAUUGAAAAAUUCGAUGACAGUGACAAGAAACUGACACUAUUUACUCUUGAGUACACAAAAGGCCCAACGAUUUGUAGUAGCAUCGUAUUCGACAAGAUAGAUCAUCUGGAGAAUGCAGAAAUAAGGUUUUUUGAUUUUAAUGAAGAUAAAUCAUACUCGGAAGAGGAGUAUAGAGAAUUAGCCGAAAACAUUGUGAAAAAUGGAUUGAAAGCAGCGUAUAUUAAUCUGUUUAAGAUAUCAGCUUUAAUCAAUGCCACGCCAAUAUUUGAAUUUUUUCCUGUUGAACCACAGCAAGGUUAUGUCCAUGAAUUACCUGACGGCAGAUGUGACAUUUAUUUUCAGUCCGAGUUGAUCAACCUUAUUGACUAUGAGCACGUAGAUGUCAUUGCGGACUACACUGCCGAAAGAACAUAUUCAAUCUUGACCAAGAAGUCUGACUCUUCAACAGGAAUGAGUGAAGUAACCAACAAUGUACAAUUUAUGAUAGGAACAAGCUUGCUGUUGAUCAUGUUUGCAAUAUUGAUGGUGAUCAUUAACAGGAAUGACGUCUGUUCGGCUGUGAUGGAAAUGGUGAGGUUAGUUACUGGCAUAGCACUUGAAACUCCACUCAACCGACUGGCGAUCAAGCUUGUAUUCUUCUUUGGGUUCUUGUUUGCAUUUCUGAUAGUUCCUGAUUUUCUGGGCGGGAUGUUAUCUAUUUUGUCGAACCCUACGAAGCAAAACGUCGAGUCGCUCAGGGAUCUUUAUGAGAAAAAGUUUCAUGUUUAUUAUUGGGAGUCAUUAAAAAGUGAUUUGAUGAAUGAACAACUGUGGAUCACUGAUGAAGACAAAAAAUAUCUUCACCCAGUUUCUUAUUGGAGCGCACAGGAAUGUAUGUCCGAGGUGCAAAAAAACUCCAAAGUUGCUUGCCUUCAUGAUACACAAUUCUUACUGUUUGGGUCAAAGAGCACAAAUAAUUUGUACUUAUCAAAGGAAGCUAUUUUCAAGAAGCAAUUAGUCUAUUGGGCCAGGAGGAACUGGCCUUUGAAGAGUAAGUUCGACAAAAUAAUGCUGAAGGCUUCGGAACCCGGAAUUGGAUACAUAACAAUUUUGAAAAAAAACUUUAUCGAUGAGAUAGUGAAAAAAAGUGUGAAGAAGAAAAAGAUUGAAGAGAGUGAAAAGUAUGAGCAGUUUGAUUUUGAUAAUUUGAUUUUUAGGUUUCUUGCUGUGCUUGGGAUUGUGAUUUUCGGAAUUGAGGUAAUACUUGUCAGAUAUUUUGGAAUUAACAGACUAUUCUAA